AUGCCAAGAGAUAAAGAAUUUGAAAAGGCUCUCCAAGAAGCGGAAGACCCCAAAAAUAUCGGACAAGGUUCAUGGUCUUUACCACGUAAUGCCACGGCCGCUGAGAAAACUAAAUACGAACUUUGUGAGAAAAUAUUAGGUUAUCAGGAGGAUAAUAAUUUAUCAGACGAAGCCAUGGCACGCAAACUACAUUUAACUCAAACAGAGUUAGAGGACAUUCUUUUUUGUCGGAUCAGACCAUUAAUAAAAUCACUAUCACCGACCAUCCUUGACGAAAAAAAGGCCGAGAAUGAGUUCCCUAUGGAGAUAAUUGCUAGUUUUCUGAUUUGA